AUAUGCAUUUUGCUCACAGUCACUUCAAAAGUUAAAGCUUACAUGCUAAGUUAAGUGGUUUUGAGUCACUUUGGAUACCGGAAAGGCCAUAACGCAAGAGCUUAUCAGAAGAAACAGCUGUUUAAAAAUACAAAACAGGAAGACAUUCUAAACAGGGGCUGAAAUUUAAAAAGAGGGUUAGAGCAAAGCAGGAAAUGCUACUGUACGUUCCUCACGCAAAGUCAUGCAAAUAAGGGACCUGGAAGAAGAAGUCAAAAGCUUAAAGACACAGCUAAGACAGGAGACUGAUCCCAAGGCUGAGACUGAGGCAGCAGCAGAAUCGGGACAUGGAGGAAAGAAUAUCUGCGGCCAGGAAGGCAAGAGAAAGGGGAAGAAAGCUAGCCAGGCUCGGGAAUUUGAUUUCUCUGUGCAUCCCCGUCGCCAUGUGGCCCUGCGGUUGGCCUACCUUGGCUGGGACUACCAAGGCUUUGCUGUGCAGGAGAACACAGACAACACUGUGGAGGCUAGGCUGUUUGAGGCUCUGCUCAAGACCCGGUUGAUUCAAGACCGACAGAACUCCAACUAUCACCGCUGUGGUCGCACGGAUAAGGGAGUCAGUGCUUUCACACAGGUUAUUACAAUCGACUUGCGCUCCACGCAGAUUUGUGGGGGCAUGGGGGUGAUCCUUCCUGCCCAGCCCAGCAGCAAACAGAAGCCCAGUACCGCAGAGCUGCCCUAUGUAAAGAUGCUAAACAGAGUUCUGCCCCCAGACAUCAGAGUGCUGGACUGGGCGGCGGCGGAGACGGGCUUCAGUGCACGCUUCGACUGUCAGUUCAGAACCUACCGGUACUACUUUCCGCGUGGUGAUCUGGACGUGGAGCUCAUGGCCAAAGCGGCGAAACGGUAUGAAGGUACCCAUGACUUUCGCAACCUUUGCAAAAUGGAUGUAGGUAACGGGGUCCUCCAGUUCCAAAGGACCAUCUUGUCAGCCUCAAUCCAGCCAGCUCAGCCCUCUGAAGCAGUUCCCAGUGACCCGUAUGACAUCCUCUUUUUUGAGGUCAAAGGGCUAGCCUUCCUGUAUCACCAGGUACGGUGUAUGAUGGCUGUCCUGCUUCUGAUUGGACAAAAGCUAGAGACACCUGAAGUGAUCGACCAACUAUUGGAUGUUGACAAACAUCCCAGGAAACCCCAGUACAGCAUGGCUGUGGACUUCCCGCUGGUGUUGUAUGACUGCCAGUUUGAGGGGCUGAACUGGCAAAGAGAUCCUGAUGAAAUGAGCCACAUUCUCAACACGCUGCAGCAGCAUUGGACCCAGAUGGCUGUAAAGACCCACGUCAUACGGGGCAUGAUCCAGGGCCUCCAGAGUGCAGUUCUUACAGCAAAUUCAUCUCCGACCUGGCUUCUCAUGGAAGGAUCCAAGCAGCGCAGUUAUCGCCCCCUUCUGGAGAGACCAUGCUGUGAAAGCUUGGAGUCCAGGAUAGAGCACUUUGUCAAAAGAGGGAGGCUUGAACGUGACAUGGAUGAGGAUGGGGAAGAGUUUGUGCACAGGGGUAAAAAGACAAAACUCCAGGACACUUCCUCUGGUCAGUCCAACGCAGCCAAUAUGUCUGACCUUUGACUGCCUAGGAUGAUGCAAACCACAUAUUGACCUUUAGUCCUGUUUCGAGGACACAUUUGUAAUUUUUAGUUUUAAUGCAGAAAAUGUAUAUGUUUACCUGCUUUGACUGUGUGAACAAAUCUUUGUGCUGGAACACUACGUGUGAGAAGUGUUUUUAAAGAACAAAACCUAUUCAAAUGUGUAAAAUCUUGCAGGAAAAGUACAAUAACUUGGAUUGGUUGUCUUUAAAUGGAAAAAGUUACACUUGUCACAUUGCAUAACACAAAAUUGUAUAACUGCUGUGUUGUACAGUAAAGGUCAUGCUUCUAUUUUCACAAUUAUAAGUUAACAUUUACAAUACCCAGUGUUUACAUUUAAUCAUUAAGCUAACAUAAAUUAUUGAACCUAUUUGAUUGCUUCCUGGUCCAUGAACUCUACUUGUGUUUGAUUUUCAGUUCAACAGAGCUGUUAAGUUUGAUUGAAUUAAACCAGCAACUUAGCUGCCUAA